AAAAAUAAAAUCAAUAAUUGAUGGUUGCUCUUAAUACAACUAUUAUUUUCAAUUUAUAUUUUACAAAUAUCUUGGUAAUGUCAUUGAUCUUCUAUUCUAAGAAACCUAAACAAAUCAUAAUCUCUUGAGUCUUUUAGUGUUAUGACUGUAAAAUAACAUCCUGUCUGAUUAGUUGUGGGCUGAUAAUGUAAUUCAAGCUGAUUCAUUAAUGCAAUAAGCAGAAAGCCUCCAAUCUCCUUGCUUCCCUGAUGUCAUAAUCAGGAUCUUUAGCAUUUGAGCUAAAAACAGCUAACUUUACCCAACACAUCACUUAAUCACCGGUCUGGAUGUUUCACCUUGGUGGAGGAGCAUGUCACCGCUGCAAUGUUUUCUGUAUCUUUACAAAAUGAAUAUGGAGCAGUGAUAAAUCACAAAAUAUAUGCAUAAGUUACAUUUUUUGUAAGGUGUUAGGAUGUAGUUGGAUGUGACUUAUUUAGUAACACCAAAAUUUGUUAUUGUGACAGGCCAAUGUGGUCCCAUAUUACGCAUCCACAAUGGCCCAAAAUCUCCCAUAACUCUUGUAAGCAUUUCUUUGAAAGGGGUGAAUGUUUUAAAUUUGGCAUCAGUACGAACAGAAGAACUAUAUCAACAAUCCUCCUAUUUUGCUAAAUAUUUUCACCUAUGUAGUAAGUACUUGAAGUGAACUGCAAUUUGUUAACCUAGGUACACUGCUGAGUGUUGUCAGAGUUGGGUGAGAAGGUAAAGUUAGAGAUGUCCUGAAUAGAGGCAUGCAGCUGUUUCUUAAUAUUAAAAAAUAGCCAAAGACUGCAGUUGUUUGGCUUUGGCUAUGAGACAUUACCAUGCAAAUUUCCAGAUAUUUGACGGUAAUAAUUUUACCAGUCAGAAACUGAAAUGAACUAGAUGGUUUUUUUUCUUCAGUUGCGGCUCCCAGGUGCACAUUUUCUUAACUGCAGAGAUUACAAACUGUUGUUUGCUUUGUGUGUUAUGUUAUAGCUGGGAGGCUGGUCAGCACGGCCUCCUCCCACUAUGGAGGCAGGAGGGAAGGACUGUGAGGAGGAAACACUGCAGACGGCAUUCAAGAAGCUCCGGGUGGAUGUUGAGUGUGUAACUGGAGCUGUGAAUGCUUCUGAGGUGCUGGCUCCCAGAGUGACACAAAGACCCGGUCUUGAUGCCAGUGGAGCAAAGCCAAAGCUGAGUUGUUCCAAAGACAACUGGCAUGGAUGUACAAGGAAAACAUCCAGAGGAGCAGCAAGAUCUCAACGCCGUCGGAGAUCCAAGUCCCCCAUCCUCCACCCACCAAAGUUCACAUAUUGUAGCGCUGCUCCGUCUUCUUCACUGUCCACCUCUAUUGUCUGCAUAAAGCACCAGAGUUUGGCUGUGGCCAAGCCUGAAGAGCUAUGUCCUUUGGCUGUCGGGAGGUCAGCCUCCUCAGCUGCACUUUCAGCUGAAAAUAAGCUCUCUUCUUCAGUCACAGUGGGCAACAUCUGUCCGGUGGUUUUUGGAUCUUCUGGUUGCAGUGAGACACUUGUUGGAGGCAUGACUUCCAAACCAUCCCAGCAAGAGGUCGCCACUGCAAUCUCUCCUGUUGCAGGGCAUGACAGCACCAUCUCUGGAAGUGUACGGUCAAGCAAGGAAGGUGACCUGGAGAAAAGUAUCUGUGGUCUAGGUGCAACAUCAGGAACACCUCAAAAAAUUGGAUCAACAGAGGCUGCCGACUUCAAAGCUCUAUCAGAGUUGCACUGUUCUACCAACGCCACCCAAACUCCGUGCUGCUGCCCCAAGCAGAGAAGCACAUGUUACUCCCAGGAAGCAAAAAUCCCCAGUUCUGAAAGUCAGUGCGAGUGCCAGUCAGGUCACCACGGCUGGCAGGGCAUGGAGGUGUACUCUUUCACAGGUCUUCGCAAUGUCAUCUCAGAGUGUGAGCACAGCCUGCAGAGUCACAGCGACGCAUCCAGAACUCACAAUGCUAACACUGUUUCAUCUGCAUCGUCAUCACCACUGGUGUCUGGCUCACCCCGCUCCUGUUCAGAACAGGCACGCAGCUACGUAGAUGAUAUUACAAUAGAGGACCUCUCUGGAUACAUGGAGUAUUAUCUCUACAUCCCCAAGAAAAUGUCACACAUGGCAGAGAUGAUGUACACUUAGAAACUGUCACAAAAAACUGGUGUUGAAAUAUUAAAUAGAUAAAAGGAUGCGGAAUGUCGCUGGGGUCCAGGCACGAAUGUCAAACAUUAAAUUAACAACACUUUAAAACUUAAUUCAACUUUUUUAUGGACGCCCUGUUCGCUACAAAUGUUGAUGACACUUCAUUACUGCCAAUGAUCGUCACUGUUUUUGACUUCAACUACUUCUUUGUGUUGGAUCAUUUUCUUUUGUUUUUGGUAAUUUAACUUAGUUUACAUAUGAAGUUUGCCAACCCUCGGUGCAGCAUUGAGCAGAAUGUUUAAAGUUGUGUGUGAACAUGUUUGUUGUGUCUAAACUUAAACUUUCCUUUAAUAAAGAUGCAAAAUUG